UUGCUAGAAAAUUUCUGGGAUGUUCGGUUUCCUAUGAUGCUUUCAGUUCCUUGAUGUUAUCAGAAAUCAAGUUGAGAGAUUUUCUCAGUUUGAUGUGAUUUUGAAAGUGACAAGGAAAAAAAAUGGAGAAUUAGGCUUACUGAUCCUGGGUCUGACUGUGUUUCUCAUUUUCUCGUCUGGGUUAUGUUUGUUGUCAUGAGCAAGUGUUAAAUUUGCUUUCCUUAGCUAUUUUUGUGCCAUACGCUGAAGUGUUGGUUUUAGAGUCUGAAAAUUAUAUCUGUUUUCGUAGAACUCUUGCUUAGUGGGCUCUGCUUUGUUGUCAUCUUUGAGACAUGUCAGACCAAGGGCAUUAUUGAUGGCCACGGUGACCGCCUCCCACUUUGUAUCAAGAACUUCACAUGCCAGCAGUCAUGGAAGUUCAGGAUCAGAAACUAAAGCAAACUUGGCACAAAUGGGGCUCAGGAGCCAAGCAAUGACCCAUAAUGGGUUAAGAUCUUUGAACAAGUUGGAUAUGCUACAGAUGAGAACCAAUGCAAAAGCAAUUGCCGGGCAAGCAAAAAGCAGAGUAGGAAACACUCAGAAGGAUAGGCCUGCUGGGAAAAUUAUAUGUGAACAAGGAAUGAAUUUGGUCUUUGUGGGAGCUGAAGUAGGUCCAUGGAGCAAAACCGGUGGACUUGGUGAUGUUCUCGGAGGACUGCCACCCGCAAUGGCGGCUAAGGGGCACCGAGUUAUGACAAUCUCUCCACGCUAUGACCAGUACAAAGAUGCAUGGGACACUGAAGUUCUAGUUGAGAUAAAAGUUGGGGAUAGACUGGAAACUGUUCGCUUCUUCCACUGCUACAAACGAGGAGUUGAUCGUGUAUUUGUGGAUCACCCAAUGUUCCUUGAGAAGGUAUGGGGUAAAACUGGAUCCAAAAUCUAUGGCCCCAGAGCUGGGCUGGAUUACCAAGAUAACCAACUUCGUUUCAGCUUGUUGUGCCAGGCUGCUCUGGAGGCACCAAGGGUUCUGAACCUAAACAGCAGUGAAUAUUUCUCUGGACCAUAUGGGGAGGAUGUUGUCUUUAUUGCUAAUGAUUGGCACACUGCUCUUCUUCCGUGCUACCUGGAAACCAUGUACAAACCAAGGGGAAUUUACCAAACUGCCAAGGUUGUUUUCUGUAUCCACAACAUAGCCUACCAGGGCAGAUUUGCCUUUCCAGACUUCUCGCUUCUCAAUUUGCCUGAUCAAUUCAAGGGUUCUUUUGACUUUAUUGAUGGGCAUGAAAAGCCAGUCAAGGGAAGGAAAAUCAAUUGGAUGAAGGCCGGAAUAUUAGAAUCAGACAGGGUCGUAACUGUGAGCCCAUACUAUGCCCAGGAACUUCUUUCUGGCGUUGAAAAAGGUGUUGAAUUGGAUAACAUCAUUCGUAAGACUGGCAUCACUGGUAUUGUGAAUGGGAUGGAUGUUCAAGAAUGGAAUCCGGCCACUGACAAAUACGUAGAUGUGAAGUAUGAUGCCACAACUGUUAUGGAUGCAAAGCCUUUAUUAAAGGAAGCCCUUCAAGCAGAAGUUGGGUUGCCUGUUGACAGAAAUAUUCCUUUGAUAGGCUUCAUUGGAAGAUUGGAAGAGCAGAAAGGUUCAGAUAUUCUGGCAGCGGCUAUUCCAAAGUUUAUUGGGGAGGAUGUUCAAGUCGUAGUCCUUGGAACCGGCAAAAAACCCAUGGAGAAGCAAAUUGAAAUGCUGGAGAUAAUGUAUCCCGACAAGGCCAGGGGAGUGGCAAAAUUUAAUGUCCCCUUGGCUCAUAUGAUUAUUGCUGGGGCUGAUUUUGUACUUCUCCCAAGUAGAUUUGAACCAUGUGGUCUCAUUCAGUUGCAUGCUAUGCGAUAUGGAACGGUGCCUAUUUGUGCCUCGACCGGGGGGCUUGUAGACACUGUCAAAGAAGGUUUUACAGGAUUUCAGAUGGGAGCUUUCAAUGUUGAAUGUGACGUUCUUGAUCCAGCUGAUGUGAAUGCAAUAGCAGCAACUGUCAAGAGAGCUCUUGCAACCUAUGGUACCCCUGGCUUGAAAGAGAUCAUCCAGAAUUGCAUGGCCCAAGAUCUUUCAUGGAAGGGACCAGCCAGACUAUGGGAAAAGAUGCUGCUGAGCCUGGGGGUUGCAGGCGGUGAACCUGGAAAUGAAGGAGAGGAAAUUGCUCCUCUUGCCAAGGAAAAUGUUGCCGCUCCUUGAGCACCACAUCCAAUAUCCUGUAAUCUACCAGUAUUAAGUACACUAACAAGUCUGGCCACGACGCUUUCACCUCAUUCAAGUAUCAAUCCAUGAGCAAAAGCAACAUGCCUGAUGAAGAACUCACCGCUGUUUUGCAGUAUUUUGAGGGUUAAUGGUCUUUAAAGCUGUGUGUGUAUAAAAGUGAUUUAAUAAGAUCUUGUUUUGGAAGUUAGUGCUUAAAAAUGCUUUUAAGCAAUAUGUAAGUAAAUAAAUCUAGUUUUUGUGCUGGCAAGUGAAGUGCCUCUUUCUCCUGCA